CUCGCCGCCGUUCACUAAUUAGCUGUUACUCGCGUUCGUCCCCGCUCCGCUCCGGUUUCUUGUCUCUCCCUUCAAUCGCCAUUGUUGGCACCAGUCUCCAUCUAGCGAUACGAAGCAAUUUCAUCUCGCGUACUUCUUUCAUUGCCAAGAAGUCGGAGUUUCCUCUCCCUCCCGAUCUGUUGUAAUCGUUCACUUUCUUCCACUCCCGCAGAGGUACGUUUUCCCUCUUUCUCUCUGUAUCUCCCGAAUCCAAAAACUAUGGCGGUAUAUCAUGAGCAGUUGAUUGAUUCGGAUAGAUGAUAGAUCUUCCUGAUUGUGUUGGAACUUCAUUUCGUAGAAUUCUGAGUUCAUUCAUUUUUCCUGGUUUGAAACUUUGAAGGGACAUGGCGACCACUGCAAGUUUUAUCAUCGUGAGCCGGAAUGACAUCCCGAUAUAUGAAGCUGAAGUCGGAUCUGCUACUAAAAGAGAAGAUGCUGCUCAGUUGCAUCAAUUUGUACUACAUGCGGCGUUGGAUAUUGUUCAGGACCUUGCUUGGACCACUAGUGCUAUGUUCUUGAAAAACAUUGAUAGGUUCAAUGACCUGGUGGUAUCAGUGUAUGUUACAGCUGGUCAUAUCCUUUCAUAGUUCGAUUUCCUUUGGCAUUCGAUUGCCAGCAUCUUAAUGAGUAGCUGUUCGCAAAAAUGAAUAAUGAAAACUUGUGGAAACAUUAUCUGAACUUAGUAUAACCCUCUCUUACUAGUUGCCCGAUUGAUUAUAGUUUCAAGUUACCAUGUAUAUGGUAUACCUCUUUGAUUUCUCAUUCCACACUUGUUGUGGCGAUUACCAUUGUGUCUGCAUCAGCAUCACAAUGUCAGGGUCUCUAAACAUACAUACCACUCGAUUUGCAGUCUGAGGCACUAUCUUAAUGUGCCCUACUCUUGGAUAGAUAAGUCAGUAAGUUGCAUCAGAUUAAGGUACUCAGAAUCAGGUAUUUCCUUGACAUUUCCAAACAUACACGAUUGAUGCUACUUCACGACUCUCGUAAUGAUGAUGGGAUCAAGAGCUUUUUCCAGGAGGUGCAUGAACUUUAUAUAAAGGUAAACUUCCUUCAACUUGGAUGCUCCGUUCGUGUGUUGGUUUUUCAUCUGUCAACAGUUGAAAAAACUAGCUGUGUCUGUUAGUUCAUAUGAGCUGAAAUGCAUGAAUUAUGAAUAUGAGUGAGGGUAAAAUGUGUCAUAGGUUCCCACAACCUAUGAUCAGAAAUGUGUCAUAGAUUUCAAGAACCAAUUUUGGCUACUGUUAGUUCUUCACCUAGGUUCGUCGGAGAACCUAAACUAUGACCCUGGAAGUAAGAUAUCUUGAUAUCAAAUUUUGAAGCUAUAUCUAUGAUAAGAUGCCGUUGUUACCUUUCACAUGACUUUUGGCAACUCUCUGGUGCAUUUAUCUUCUGCAUAGCUCAAGCACUAGGAAUCCGUACACCCUUAAUUUUAGAGUUUUAGCGUUAUAAUUCUAACAGAGAGUUUCAGCUCUUCAAGUACUGAGCAAAUAGCAAUCUCAUGCAGAAGUUCAUAUUAGCACUUUGCCAAGUCACUUAAAAUCUUAAAAUUCUAUGCUUCAGGUUCUUUUGUAGAACCUUGGUGUUCCUGUACAGAGCAAUUUUCCAUCCGUUCCUUUUUUAACGUAUGAUGAUCAAUGCAGGUACUGCUGAACCCCCUCUACUUGCCUGGUGCCCGCAUCGCGUCUUCACAUUUCGACACAAAAGUCCGCGCUCUAGCUAGAAAGUACCUGUAAUUGUGCAAACGAGCUCUUGCCAGCUCUUCAAAGUAACAUGAUCUACAGGUUUUGCACAAAUGGCUCUUGCAAUUCAGCAGGGAGAUUCUUCUUACUUCUCUACUUGGGCUCCCCUUGAUUUGGAUGUCAUUUGGUGAGAUUGGUGAUGUCAAGAAGACUUUAUGUUUAUAAACCCCGUUUGACCAAAAUUGUAUCUUUAAUGUUUCUCCACAUGAUCAGCAAUGUUGAUUAUUGAAUGUUCAGCAUGUGAUUAAACAUUGAAACAAAUGUAGCCAUGCCUGAAUAAUUUUGCUUAAAUAAGUACAGUGAUAUCAGGUUGGAUGUCUUAAGUCCCUUUCCUUAUGUCAUUCAUCCACAACAAACCCUAGCUCCUAUAAAGUUUAUGUUGGUCCUUUGGAAGUUGCUCUCCUCCAAUGGUUGACCUAUACUCGAUUUUUUAUUUUUAAUGUAGUUCAACCAAAUCGUUAUCGUUGCCAUGUCGAAUGUGCUUCACCAAACCCAUUGAAUUUUUGUUAUUUGAAGAAUACACCAACCUCUGGAGUUAGAGUUCUCUAUAAAUUAAACUAUGUAAU